CCAAAAACACGCAGUACUUUUGUUUCCAAUCUCGUCUUACAUACAUUUGCCCCUUCACUCUAUUCACAUGCAUCAAGCUCCUCAAAUCUCUUGAAUACCCAUUCUAGCCCUAGAUUUCUCUCAUCUCUUCCUCUGAGUUCUGAUUGAGUUAGCCAUGAGAACAUCCUUCCCUUUCCUCACUUUCUCAAUCUUCUUCUUCUUCACUUUUGGUCUCCAUUUCCAAGCUCAUGCUGCUCCUUCAGGACCUUUGAUAAAACACUUGUCUUCUCUUCUCAAAUGGACAAGGUCUUCCUCCAAACUCCCUCAGUCAGAUGGAAAUGUUCUUCAAUUUGAGAAUGGGUACCUUGUUGAAACUGUUGUGGAGGGAAAUGAACUUGGAGUUAUGCCUUACAAAAUCCGUGUCUCCGAGGACGGUGAACUUUUCGCUGUCGAUUCGGUUAAUAGCAAUAUUGUCCGGAUUACUCCGCCAUUGUCCCAAUAUAGCAGGGCAAGAUUGGUUGCUGGGUCAUUCCAAGGUUACACUGGGCAUGUAGAUGGAAAGCCUAGUGAUGCUCGAUUUAAUCAACCAAAGGGUGUGACCAUGGAUGAUAAAGGAAAUGUUUAUGUUGCUGAUACAUCAAAUCUUGCCAUCAGGAAAAUAGGAGAAGGAGGUGUGACAACAAUUGCUGGAGGAAAAUCAAAUGUAGCAGGGUACAGGGAUGGGCCGAGUGAGGGUGCAAUGUUCUCAACUGACUUUGAUGUGAUAUAUGUUCGCCCUACCUGCUCGUUACUAGUUGUUGAUAGAGGAAAUGCAGCUCUUCGUCAAAUCUCUCUUAACCAAGAGGAUUGUGAUUAUCAAUACAAUUCAAUUUCUUCCACAGAGGUCAUUAUGGUUAUUGGUGCUGUCUUGAUAGGAUAUGCUUCAUGCAUGCUUCAGCAGGGAUUUGGAUCCUCUCUUCUCUCGAAAGUGGUGCAUAAACAUCCAUUACAAAGUGAAUCUCAAGACCAACAGACCAAGGACAAGCCAACUAUUGUCGAAACCAUUAAAGAGGAACAAGAAGCAGGGUGGCCUUCUUUUGGAAUGCUCAUUAUAAAUCUAUCCAAGCUUGCAACCGAAUCAUUGUCUAACACCUUCCUUUCCUUCAUACCCUUUCGAUUCCACCGCAGGGGCUCCACGAACAGUCUCACUCCAUUGAAAGUUUCUCUCAUAAUGCCCGAAGAUGAAGUUGAGCCCCCGGUUGUUCAAAAGCAGAGAACUCCCACUCCACUUUCUGAAACCCAGCGCGCCCAUACUCCAAAUGCUGGUGAUAAAUAUUCAGAAAUGAAACCUCCAAAGAUGAGAUCAGCCAGUUUCAAAGAUCCAUCUUUGUCAAGCAAGCACAGAUCUUCAAAACGACAAGAAUAUGAUGGAUUCUAUGGAUCGGGUGAGGUCCCUCCUUAUGGGCAGUAUAGGUCUAAGAGCCAGAAAGAUAGAACAAAGCAUCGCCAACGGGACAAAAGUGGAGAGGUAGUUUCUGAAGCAGUUGGGAUGGAACAGAGACCUGUUGAGAUGAAGCCAGCGAAUUAUGAUGAUCCGAAGACUGACCAUUACAGUAUGAGGAAGACUGACCAUUACAGUAUGAGGAGCAAAUAUGGGAAUUCAUUCCGGUUUUGAUUAGGCUGCAAGUUUUAGCAUUUCUUUCAGCUUCUCUUUGACAAUGUAGUUUCUUGCUUCUGUUAUUUAUUUAUUUAUUCCUGGAAUUGUAGUUUGUAAAUUGAACUGACCUUGGAAGCAAGGACUGACUUUGUACACUGAUCUGAAAAAGGAAGACUUAAAUUCCUGUUUGGCUAAACUUAUUUUUAGUUCU